AGUCAAGGCCAGAGAGUCUUCCUAUGGAGCCAAAAACUCUACAUAGAAUAAGACUCCCAGUGUUUCUUCAGUCCCCACACUUGUCUUAUUCCAAUUACUCACAACCUAAUCUUUUAUACAAAGCCCCACUUUGAUGGAUUGGAAUUUAAAAGCAAAGAAACUAACAAAACAAAUACUCAGAACAAAAAAUUUCAACCACUGCAGCAUAGUGAACUCUGCAAUGGUCUCAGCUUCCAUCUUCUUCCUCAGUUUUCUCCUUCUCAUUCUUCCUUUAAACUCUUACUCUCUCUUCCCAAAACAAGCCCUUCCAACCAAAUCAGGUUAUCUUCCGAUUAAUUCAACUUCUGGUUCUGCAAUUUUCUUUGCUUUCUAUGAAGCUCAACAUCCCAGUUCUUCUCUUUCUCAAACACCCAUUUUGGUAUGGCUUCAAGGUGGUCCAGGUUGCUCGUCGAUGAUUGGCAACUUCUUCGAGCUCGGUCCUUGGCGCGUAAGUUCUGAUUCUAAAUCAAAUGAAAGCAUAAUUCUUAAGUCAAAUCCUGGUGCCUGGAAUCGUAAAUUCGGAGUAGUUUUCAUUGAUAAUCCUAUUGGAGCUGGUUUUAGUAUUGCUUCUUCACCCGAGGAGAUCCCAGUAGAUCAAGAAACUGUUGCUAAACACCUUUUUAUUGCUCUUAGAUCUUUUAUCUCGCUAGAGAAGUUGUGGAAUUCUCGGCCGAUUUACAUAACAGGAGAGAGCUAUGCAGGUAAGUAUGUUCCUUCCAUUGGGUACUACAUUUUGCGACAUAAUUCUCAUUCAUCAGUAUCAGAACAAGUGAAUUUACAAGGAGUUGCAAUUGGGAAUGGGUUGACCCAUCCGGUUACUCAAGUAGCUACACAUGCUGAUACAGCAUAUUUCUCCGGUUUGAUCAAUGAGAAGCAAAGGACUCAACUUGAGGUACUUCAAGCAGAGGCAGUGAGACUGACCCAGGAACAGAAAUGGGCGCAGGCUGCCGAUGCACGUAAUCAGGUUCUGCGCAGGUUGGAAAAUAUGACGGGACUGGCUACUCUAUAUGAUUUGAGAAGGAAAAAGCCUUAUGAGAUGGUGAUGGUUACCAAAUUCUUAGAGAAUGAAGAGAUAAAGAAAGCUUUGGGUGUUAACAAAUCCAUAAUUUUUGAAGAAUGUAGUGGUACUGUAGGUAAAGCUUUGCAUGAGGACGUGAUGAAGAGUGCGAAAUAUAUGGUUCAAGAACUAGUGAAGAAAAGCAAGGUUCUAUUAUACCAGGGGCAAUUUGAUUUAAGAGAUGGAGUGGUAUCAACAGAGGCUUGGAUAAAGGAACUCAGAUGGGAAGGGUUGGAGAAGUUUCUUAAGGCAGAAAGAAAGGUUUGGAAAGUGAAUGGAGAGGUUGCUGGUUAUGUACAGAAAUGGGCAAGUUUAACUGAAGUUGUUGUUUCAGGAGCCGGUCAUCUUGUUCCUACUGAUCAAGCAUUGAGUUCCCAGGCAAUGAUAGAAGAUAGGGUUUUGGAGAAUGGAUUGUUUGGCCGUGAAAUAGGAGUUUUAGCAUCGAAACUCAAAUGUGCUCAUGGAGAUAUAUAACUUCAAAUUAUGAAAAAAAUAACUAGUAAUAACUCCAUGACAUGAUGAACAAAAAUGUAUUGCUCGUUGAUAAAAAGAUAUUACCUGGUAUGGUUUCUUUA